CUCCACCAUCCCGUCCCAGGAUGUGGUGGAGGCUGUCAGUGCAGGUGUGGAUCCUAGCAGCAACUUCACCUUUGUCAGCCAAUGGGAUCUGGCCAGUGCCUUUUUUUUCUCAGGGACAAUCAUCACGACCAUUGGUUUUGGAAACACUUCCCCCAAGACAGAAGGAGGGCAACUGUUCUGCAUUUUCUACGCACUGGUGGGAAUCCCAAUGUUUGGUAUCCUGCUCGCUGGAGUUGGAGACCACUUGGGAACUGCACUGAGGAAAACUAUUGCCAAAAUAGAGAAGCUCUUCCUGAAAUGGAGAGUCAGUCCAACCAUUGUGCGAGUGAUCUCAGCCAUCCUGUCCAUCUUGCUGGGUUGCCUGCUCUUUGUUGCAGUGCCUAUCCUGGUUUUCCAAGAGGUGGAGAAGUGGACACUUCUGGAGUCAGCCUAUUUUGUGGUCAUCACGCUUACAACAGUCGGCUUUGGAGACUACGUUGCAGGUUCUGGAAACGAAGGGGAUGACCACUGGUACAAACCUUUGGUGUGGUUCUGGAUCUUGCUGGGUCUUGCCUACUUUGCAUCCAUCCUGACAAUGAUUGGAAACUGGCUCCGGGUUCUGUCAAAGAAGACCAGAGCUGAGAUGGAGGAACUUCGAGCCCAUGCCACUGACUGGACUCAAAACAUCCAGAACAUGUCUGUGGAUUUUCGCAUUCCAGGAAAAAUUGAAGACCCCUUCAGACGGCGUCGACGAAAGCGCCGCCACGGCAACCGAAGCCAUGGUCACAGUGUGUCAGCUACUGGUGACGCCGAAGGGAAAGAAGAGCAGCAUGACAGUCAGACAGGGUCUGGAUCUUCCUCCUAUACCUCCUACUCCUCUAACGAGUCAGAGUCUGGGUCAGAAACAGAUUCUCAGGCCACCCAGACGGAGCGAGUGCCUGAAGAAAAAAAUGCAGAGCCUGAAAAGGAGGAGACUCUUCCAGAUCCCCACCUAACUCAGCCUCUGGACUACUUUGGGGAGAACCUUGCGUUUAUCGAUGAGUCUUCAGAUGCUCAGAGCGGUAAACUCCAUUUGGAUCCUCUGCUGGAUACAGUAAAACCCAACUCUGCACGCUCUCGCCAGCCCAAGAGGAGACGCCAAAGAAGACCUGUUCCACAGAGAAACCCGAAAGUCAACCGCUCCAAUGCUGACAAGAAGGAGCCCAAUGGAAACCCAAAACCAGUUCCAGGUGUACCACUAAAGCCUUAAGAUCGAAGCUGAUUAUAGAAACUGCACUGCUAGGACAAGGACUGACAUAAGAGAUCUGAGAUGUGUUCAUUAUCUGACAGAGGAAUUGUUGGUGUAGCAAUUUAUGUGUAUAUAUGCACUGCUUGAUGAAAACAUGUUGCAGAAGUCUUAGCCACUUUUGGUUUGCAUUUAAUGCUCUCAGCAUGCGAGU